UUUUGCGAUGGACUGGCAUGGCAUGGCUCGGCUAGGAUUCCUCCUGCUGGCGCUGCGCACACUGCGGGGGCUGAGCGCCGCCUGCCCCGCCGCCUGCACCUGCACGGUAACGCGGAUCGCGUGCGUCGACGGAGCGGCGCCGAGCAUCGAGGAUUUCCCGCUGCUCACGCUGGACGACAUGGAAAACAUCACCGACAUAUACAUUGCAAAUCAAAACAGGCUGUUUGAGCUCAACGACAACAGUCUGAGGCACUACAUAAACCUCCGAAACCUAACAGUAACCAGGACCAGAUUGACGUCCAUAUCCCCAGAUGCCUUUUACAACAAUACAAGACUGCAAUACGUGAAUUUGCGAGACAACAACCUGUCGACGCUGUCAUGGAGGACCUUUCAGAAUUAUAACAUCUCCUAUUCUCUCCUGCUCUCCGGAAACCCUCUGGACUGCAUCUGCGAGAACCUCUGGAUCAAACUGAGGAGCCAAGAGGAACCCGACAACCAAGAUCUGCAAUGCAAGGACGAGCAAGGAGCAACAAAAGUCUUUGCCACGCUCACGCCGCCUGACUGCGUGGUUCCUCAAGUAGAGGUCACCCCCACGACGGUGACCAAGAUGCAGGGCACCGACGUCAAAGCUUUGUGCAGCGCCUCGGGCAUGCCACCUCCGGAGAUCAUGUGGAACCUGGACAUGAUCUUCUCUCACUAUGAGAUUGACCCCACAGAGACGGAGAGCAGGCUCACCUUAACCAACCUCUCUCCCGAGGACAACGGGCUGGUGAUCACAUGCACCGCCGAGAACAUGGUGGGUCAGACUGAGGCCACGCUACAGCUCAACAUCCUCUUCGCCCCCAUCAUCCAGCAGCUGCUGGAACCGGAGCAGGGCCACCACUGGUGCAUCCCCUUCAGCAUGACGGGCAACCCCAAGCCGGAGCUGCAGUGGUACUUUGAGAACGUGACGCUGGAGGAGCAGGACUAUAUCCGGACCAGGAUUCACCAGUCCACCAAGAGCGAGUACCACGGCUGCCUGCAGCUGGUCAACCCGACGCACAUCCACAAUGGUGUCUACCGGCUGGUGGCCAAGAACCAGUACGGCCGCGACGAGAAAAUGGUGGCGGCGCAGUUCAUCGACCCGCCCUACAACCACACAGAAGAUCUUUUCUACGACUACACCACUGACUCGCCACUGCCGCCAAUGGAUGACAGCAUUGCUGUUUACAUGGUUGUGGGAAUCGCCGGUGUGGCUUUGAUGGGCUGCGUUCUCAUGGUGAUCAUUCUCAAAUAUGGAAGGAACUCCAAAUUUGGAAUUAAAGGCUCGUCGUCGGUCAUCAGCAACGAUGACGACUCGGCCAGCCCCCUCCACCACGUCUCCAACGGCAAUAACACGCCAUCGUCCUCCGAGAUGGCCCCCGACGCCGUCAUCAUCGGCAUGACCAAGAUCCCUGUCAUUGAGAACCCGCAAUACUUUGGCAACUCCGGCAGCAUGCUGAAACCAGACACAUUCGUGCAGCACAUCAAGAGACACAACAUCGUGCUGAAGCGCGAGCUGGGUGAGGGCGCCUUUGGCAAGGUCUUCUUGGCCGAGUGCUACAACCUGACACCUGACCACGACAAGAUCCAUGUGGCCGUCAAGACGCUAAAGGAGGCCAGCGAGAGCGGGCGUGCCGACUUCUACCGGGAGGCGGAGCUACUUACCAACCUGCAGCACGAGCACAUCGUCACCUUCUACGGCGUGUGCGUGGACAGUGACCCCCUCAUCAUGGUCUUUGAGUACAUGAAGCAUGGAGACCUCAACAAGUUCCUCAGGUCCCACGGUCCGGACGCAGUGCUGAUGGCGGACGGGCAGCACAGCAUCCUGGUGGAGCUGACGCAGUCGCAGAUGCUGCACAUCGCGCAGCAGAUCGCGGCCGGCAUGGUCUACCUCGCGUCGCAGCACUUUGUGCACAGAGACCUGGCCACCAGGAACUGCCUGGUGGGUGAGAACCUACUGGUCAAGAUCGGAGACUUUGGCAUGUCCAGAGAUGUCUACAGCACCGACUACUACAGAGUGGGCGGCCACACGAUGCUGCCCAUCCGCUGGAUGCCCCCGGAGAGCAUCAUGUAUCGACGCUUCACCACCGAGAGCGACGUGUGGAGCCUGGGCGUGGUCCUCUGGGAGAUCUUCACCUAUGGCAAGCAGCCAUGGUACCAGCUCUCCAACAACGAGGUGAUCGAGUGCAUCACGCAGGGCCGUGUGCUCCAGCGGCCGCGCACCUGUCCCAAGGAGGUUUACGACCUGAUGCUGGGCUGCUGGCAGAGGGAACCCUACAUGAGGCUCAACAUCAAGGAGAUACACGCUAUGCUCCAAAGCCUCGCUAAGGCCUCUCCCGUCUACCUGGACAUCCUGGGCUGAGGUGAUUGCUACUAAGCCCUGCUGUACAGUUACGUGUGUGUGUGUGUGUGUGUGAGAGAGAGGCAGGGAGGAAGGCGUGCGGCCGUGUACAGUUAGUGGACGUGUAAAUGUCCCCUGUUAAUGUUACCCGUCGUCAGUGCGUUGAGAAAAAGCCUUAAAUUCGGGACUUAUAUUUGCUUUAACGUCCCUCGCUGUGCAUCCAGUAGCAGGCCGGUUUCAACUGGGGGGCAGGGGGGGGGCAGCCGUAAUGCAUUCUGGGUCAUAUACACAGCCCAUGUGUUCAAAUCUGGGAAAAAAAAAGUGGACGUUGAAAAUGAAACCAAUCAAAAAUAUAGGAAUAUACUGGAAGACAUUUUUAAAUUUUGUUGCGUAUUCGAUUACAUAAUUCUAUUUAUUAUUAUUUUUGCCCUUUUUUUUACCAACAAGUCCUCUUGCUUCUACUUGAAUCCAUAUAGUAUAUAUAAUUGUUGUCUAUUAACUUAUUUGUAAUUUUUUUCAAUCCUUUAGAAAUCUAAUCUUAUGUACAAGAAUAUAAAAAAACAUUUUAUAGCACACCAUAUUUAGCAGGUUAAAAUGGAGUCCAGUCGCCUUGGUAAAUACCGUGAAAAAUAAUCAUUAAAUGUAAAGGAAAAUUAUAUAAUAUACGAUCAUGUAGAGAAUGAUUAUUCUUUCAAAAUUGGAAUAAAUGAACAAAGCCACUAAAUUAUAAAAAAAAAUAAUAAUAAAAAAUAAAAAAUAAACCCCAUUUUGUGUACUGAACCAUAUUUGUCAAAAUGGACCCCACGCACCAUGACUUCAAGACAAAGAUGUAUUGCGAAACAAAUCGAUAAAUGUGGGAAGAGUUGCCAAAGUAAAAGAAAGUUUUGUCAUGUACUCCAAGAAAAAGAAUACAUACGAUAAACGGCCUCGACUUGAGCAAGGAGACUACUGCGUUUAUUAGCGUUUGAUCCCCUCCCAGUCAAUGAUGUCAUAUUUUCUGUAAAUAGGUUCCCACAGACUGGCCAUACAUAUACGACGACCGUGUGGUGUUUUCAAUGUUGUCGGGAGUGCUUUCAGCAAUUGUAUUAUUCCAUGUACUUCAAAAGCACACAUGUUGAGAUAUUGAGCUGUGCCCUCCCCCAAAACCCGAAACAUAAGAAGAGCACAGUUUAUUUUCAUAUCUUUCCAGAUUUUUUUUAAUCCGCCAGCAGCAUCACCAUUUUUUGUGGAUCUGUGUCGUCCACUUGAACAGAACAAUCCAAAUUGUUAAAAAAAAUAAUAAUUAAAAAAUUAUUGUGGUUUUUUUUUUUUUUUUUUUUUGGUGCGAUACGAUCCAAGCGAUGACGUGUCAGUGACGACGCCGGCAUGGCCUCGGAGCAUUAAGUUACGAGCAAGCAUCUGGGCGGAUUGCUCUGAUGUCAUCCCAAUUUUGAUGGCGUCGCGAGUUGUGGUUGUGACACACUGCGGAGGCUUGGCCAAUGUCGCUGCGUUUUCUCGAUGACAGCAUCUCUCACCCGAUACAUACGGUAUUGCCAACGGUAAACGGUAUCCUGAUACAGAAAAUGAUGUGACUAAAUCGAUGUGAAUCGCAGAGUAAUUUGUGAUACGGUAUCGUGGUAUUUAACAAGUACAAAAUAUCAUGUGAUUACCAAUGUAUUGCACGGGUCCUCGAGGUGGGGGGGGGGCAUGUUUGAUAUAUAGCAGGGCUGAGAAAAUAAUUUAUCUAUCUUAGAAUAUCGAAUAAAAUGCUGGGCGCGGCAGGGGGAGCUUAACUGGGGCUACACGUAUUUUUGACAGGGCUAUCAACCUCCUUAGCCCCGCUAUAGCGCCAUUCCCCCUUGUGAGGGACAACCCCCCCCAGACAAUUGCAAAUACUUGAUAGAUGUAAUUUAGCUCGCAAUAUGGUUACGCCACUAAUAACAUUUGCUCGUAAUUUAUAUGUAUAUGAUAUUGCUGGAUGGAUACUGCACCGUAUUGCGAUAUUUUGUCCCACCCGGAGCUGUUUUCAAAUUUUCAGAAUGUCGAAAGUCCGUGUUCGAUUCAUUUUUUAAAAAAAUGAUGUUAAGCAGCUAUUUAAUAAGAAAAAAAGAUAGCAGAAUCACCUUUAUUUGGUUUUUAUGACGUCUGCUGUAGAUAUAGGCUACGUUACACACUAGCAUACCCGUGCGGGUAUCACGCAUUCUGGGCCACUGACAAUACAUACAUCAUGUACUGUAAAUAACAUUUGUAUUUUCUUUGUGCUCGUGGGAAAAAUAAUCCAGGUGAAUAUCCAAUCUUUUUCAUUUUAAUGUUCACUCUUAAUUUCGGGGGCGCAGAGAAGUUUGUAUUAAUAAAUAAUAAUAAAAAAAAAGGCUUCUGACUGACUGUAGCCUCUCGGGAUCCUCUUACAGAUGAAUAACUGUGACUUUGCAUCAUGAAUAGUAUAUUAUUUUGAAUGUAAUCCAGAAGGCCGGGGAACCUCUUUUGAAUGUAAUCAAUCAUGUGGGAUUGGGUGGAGGAGGAUAAUAAUUGUUUUUGUAAAUAUGUGGUUUUAAAAAAAGGGACGAAAAGGACCUUGAUUAAUGUGCAAAUUAAUUUUACUUCUUGUACAAAUACGACUGUGCGUGUGUCUGAGAUGAUGUGUGUGCGUUGCUACGCACACUCGGAUGCAAGACUGUGCGUGUGUGUGGGGCAGAUUUAACCUUGCUUUAACCAAUCAAUCAAAUCAAUCAAUCAACCCAAUGCUUUGUGCAUCAUGUGAGUAGCUUAACCACAAUUAAUGGAGAUGUUCCUUGUGAUACUGUGCAUUUAAUAAAAAGUGGUAUGUCUUA